AUGCCAGCUUUUAAAGUUGUCAUUUGUACCAUCCGACCCAUUGCCGCCAUCAUUACAUUCGGAAACGCGAUAUUUGCACCGCAACCGGGGAAACUUGGCAAUGCCGUAAACCAGUUGCAUGGGGCGAUGCGGAGGCAUGUAGCGCCCAUAUAUGCAAGGUCAUGUGGCUUUGCCCGUACAAGAGAGUACCUGGCGGGCGGCUUUGCCAACAUCGUCGCCAAGUGA